GCUCCAAAAACUGAAAUUUCAACUUAAUGUAUACUUACGAUUGAGUUGGAUCUGGAACACUGAUAACAUGCAAAUCUACGUUGAUUGCAAAACGGAAACGGAGGCAGGAGUUCCAGAAUGGGCAAUCAUUGAGCUCCAAGGUCUUAUACAAAUGAAAAAGGAAAACCAAAAUGAGGCCACUUUGGUCGGAGACCUGCAUUACUUUAAUAGGAACCGUCACCCGGUGCUAAUUCUGGGCCACCACGUGCUCAAUGGCAAAGAGGUCAAACUGGAACAGCCGAUGGCUGUCAUAGAAAAAACCAAUGACGGCGACAAAAACUCCUACAAAUUGAAGGCUAUCGUUAAAAAGAAACUUUUGUUCAAAUCAAGACCUAAACCUAUUAUCUCUAAUAUCAGUGAAAAAGUUUAAAUGUUAAUAAAUUGUCUUUUCUAACUUGUAA